AUGGCGGGUGUCCUUGCUGUAAAAGGCGAAAAAUUGGCAAAGGAGUUGUAUUUCCUCCCAAACUCAGAAGGUUCUGGAUUAGCUCCUUUUGACUGUUGGCUUUGCCUGCGAGGAAUCAAGACAAUGGCUUUACGUAUAGAAAAGCAACAGGAGAACGCUCGGAAAAUCGCAAUGUACUUGUCUACGCAUCCAAGAGUGAAGAAAGUGAACUAUGCUGGUCUACCAGAUCAUCCUGGUCACCAUCUCCACUUCUCUCAGUUAAAGGGUGCAGGAUCAGUUUUUAGCUUUAUAACAGGAUCGGUCGCACUGUCCAAGCAUCUUGUGGAAACCACCAAGUACUUCAGCAUAGCUGUCAGUUUUGCAGUACGCGAGGCCAGAGGCUUGACGGAAGAUCUUGUUCGUAUAUCUGCAGGUAUUGAAGAUUCUGAUGAUUUGAUCUUUGAUCUUGAUAUCGCCUUUAAUACCGGUCCUAUAAUCUAG